GUAGGAGCCUGAAAGCACUCCAGGAGCUGAAGCUGGUGUCUGAGAGCAGAACGGGACUCUGCAGGGGCAGCUGCACAGCAUGGCUGUGCCGUGGUCAGACUCAAAGGAAAGAGGAAGCCGAUGCAGCCAGCAGCCUAUGAUCUGUGCUGUGCGAGCUGAGGUAGGUGCUCAGCAGCAGGGGUUUGCUGCUCACAGCCCUGCGUGGGGCUCAGCCUGCAAGACAGCCAGCACUCAGGAGAAGGAAUUUGCUUUACAGUGAGCCCCAGCGCUGCUGGAGGUGCAGGGAGAGGAGCAGGCUGCUGCUGGGAAACAGCCCAAAGAGCUGGGGCACUGCGGGUGUCAACAUCUUGUUUUGCUUUGCUUUAAGCAGGCUAGAUGCUUUUCCUGAACGUUCUGUUCUUUGGAAGCAUUAAUUAAAAAAGAAAGUCUCACAGACUUAUUUCCAUGGCGUUAUCCACAUUAGUUUCAUGUAUGCUCUUAAACCCAACGUGAGUUUUAACGGUCUUUGCCAGGACUUCGGUUUGCAAUACUGUGAGGUUUCUCUUCUUUGACAGUGUCCUGGAAAACACCAUGUCUCUGCAUACCAUAAUCACCAUGCUGGGAUUUGGAUUUUGCUGCUGCAGGGUGUUGGUGUUGGGUGUUGAUGCAGCCCUUGUCCCAGGCUUCCUGUAGCACCAGCCUUGCUUUGUUGGCCCCUGGCCUCAUGUCAGAGUGUUUCACAAAGUAAGGGGGAUUUCUUUCUCCCUCAGAUUGAGCUGCAUCUGAAUAGAAGUGCCAUUUUCAGAAGCUGCUGAAUAAGUGUUUUCUUCUUGCAUUCACUUUCUUCUUUACUUACUGUAGUACUUUCAAUUUCCAGUGCGUACCCUCCGACUCCUAAAGUUGGGCCUGCAAACAGCUGCAGUUCAGAGUGUUUGUCCACACGUUAUUGAGUUGUCUGCAGACUCGGAUACACCAGAGUUUGGAUUUGCAGUUGUGGAGGCAGUAAAGUAUUUGAGAGGUGUUCUGGAAAAGCUGUUAAGGCUUCAUGGACAUCUUGGUGCUGAUACCCACCGGGUGGCUCCUGUCACAUCUUCAUGCUUUUCCAAUCUCCUCCUCUCUGGUCAGUGGAGCUGCUGCAUUUGUGUGAGUCAGGAAGAGGUAUCUUUAUAACACAGACAGGCAAAUAUCCAUCUGCAAAAGCAGGAGCAGUGCUUUGUAGGAAGACGCAGCUAAAACUUGAAGGUGUUUGUUGGAAAUGGACACCAUGCUUGGAUAUGUGUCUUGUGAGCUCAUCUGUUUGCUGUGGACCAUUUGAGCAAGGAAGUGCAUGGUUUUUUUCUGAACUCUUCAGAAUUUGAUUUCUUCUUGGCACACCUCACCCCCCCAACGUGCUUCUGUCCAAAAUACUAUGGGUUUGGGUUCUUCCCUCCAGUGCCUUUUUAAAACUUGGGUUAUUUCAGAUGAAAUACCAGGCGAUCUCGAAGUCAGUAUCUUGUAUGCAUUUGCUGCUGGGGCUGGCGCUGUGAUCCUGUCUGUGCAUGCUUGCAUUCCCCUCUGCAGAGGAAAGGGGAAGUGGUCUGUGCCCUGUGGCUGUUGUCUCACACCUGUGAACAUCACGAGGAAGGACAGGGCUGUCCUGUGCACUGUGGGACAUAGCAGAGCCCCCAGGGAUGUGAAGUGGGUGGACAGACCGCAGUGCUGCAGAAUCACAGCCCUUAUGCCCUUCAGAUGUGACUUUCUAGACUUUGCUGUAAGAUUGCGAGUUCCUUAUGAGCCCUGGCAGAGAAGCAGAGCACCAUGUGGUGCUUCAGCACCUGCAGCAUCCAUCCAGAAAGCACACUGACACCUGCUUUUCUGAUAACGCCCCAAAUAAAAGUGUUCCAUCAGUGAUAGCUUAAGAAAUAGCAGGCAGCAUUUGAGAACUGUCUGUGAGCAGCUCGUGGCUGCAGCAGGAUUGAUGGAUUUAACUGUCCUAACAGCAGUUAUCGUAUCACCCGUGUACCCAUCUGAUACCCCUGUGCUAUAGCUCUUUGCAGUCAUAAUGGAGCAUACCAACUGUAGCAGUCUGUGUGAGCUGCUUCUACGCUUCUCAGCUGUACAUUAUGAUUCUAGGAAUUGUUUGUCUGGGGAAGUAAUGUGCUGCCAAGUCUUUUCCAGCAUUAGUUGCAGUGCUUUGUGAUUGCUGACUUGCCAUGUGUUGAGCAUCCUUUAUGAGCAGCACAGUGACUGCUGAGAUGACCCCAGGGUUGGUUCCUGAUCACGAACCAUCAGUUGGGUAAGGAUCUGCCUCAGACACCUGAGCCUGUUAAUCAAAGUUCAGCCUUCAGACCUGAACCCAAGUAACUGAACCUGCCUGUACAAUGUGAUUUAAGAAAUAGGAUCCUAUAGGUAUUCUCAAAGGUGCCUGAUUACCUGUGUACCUGGCGGUGUUUACAGGUAAGGUGAUCUCUUUAUCCUGCUCCAGAAAUCAGCUUAUCACUGCUGCCUUUCCAUAGCCUGCUCUGUGCAGCGCUGUUCAGCCUAUGGUUGCUUUUAGGCUGACGUUGAAAUAAAGCACAUUGAUUCCUGAGGCACAGUCUGACACUUCUGAAUUGAUGAGCAGCAGAGGCAGGAUUCCCCAGCUCUCCUGUUGGACGUCAGCUUUGUCACAGAGGAUCUGAGCACAGCACAGCACGUUUGCUGCCUCCUUCACUCUUCGCUGCCCUUAGAGCAGUAAUUCAUGACUUUUAUGGUAGGUAUUUAGCUUAAAUUGCAGUAGAAGAGAAAUGAGUUUGCAAAAUCAGCAUCUUGUCAGUGAACUGCAGGAGUGGUGGCUCUUGGAGCAAAUGAAGCAGAGGACCUCUUGCGUGCUGCAGCCUGGAGGUCUCCUGAAAUGGCACCAGGAGCCUGCACUGCUCUCACGGCACACUGAGGCUCAGCCUAGUUUCGGUUCAUGAAACCACAAAAACAUGUCUGAAAUGCAACGAGGAAAUUGAGAGCAAAGAUGGAGCGUGUUUGAUACCAUCAGCAGCGUGCUGCAGGGGAACACGUCUGCCAUGGGGCUGUGUGCUGCUUCCUAUCUGAAGGCUUCUGAGCAAGCCUUGCAGUUCUGUCUGAGGCCUGUGGAAUGUGUGUGGCUGUGGUGAACCAUGCAGGCUUGAAGUGACCCAGCACCUUCCGAGGCCAUCAUUGCUGAUGUGGGAGUUGGGGCUGGGACAGGGAAGGACUCUGAAAGACACCCUGGGAAUUGGUAAAGCUGAUGAGUAGUGUUAGGGCACAUGCAUACGCAUUGUGUCUAAUUCAAUUAUCCUUAAAAAUGAUGUGCGUUAUUGUAAAUAGUGUAUCACAGAAUCAUAGAAUGACCUGGGUUGAAAAGGACCACAAUGAUCAUCUUGUUUCAUCCCCCCUGCUAUGUGCAGGGUCGCCAACCACCAGACCAGGCUGCCCAGAGCCACAUCCAGCCUGGUAAUACAUGGAAGAAAAUACAGCAGCGAAGUGCAGUGGUUUGCAUCUGUGUGCAUGGCUGUGCCAGUAACUGCACAGAAGUGGAUGCAGAAGGUUCCCGAGUGAAAGGGAAUGGGAGAGUAUCAUUUAGGGGCAGCAAAGAUGGAGAAUUAAUGAUCUUUGUUCUACCAGCAGUCACCAACGUGGCUCUACCCACGGGCACAAUGGGAAUUCCUGCAGGAGCACUUCUGGCUGGAACAGGGGUGCCACAUCCCUGCUGAUACAGCACUGCCCAAAGGACAGCAGGAGGCACCUUUGUGAGGCUGCAGCUGCAAUUACCAUCUUAGCAAACAAACAGAAGGGUAAAAAAAAAAAGCUUUGUAGAGAAGGUUGCCAUAAUUUUGUCUUAGUGAUAUCCAUUUCCAAGUGCAUUAAAAAAGCCCACAAAACCUCUUGCUGUUGUCAUUAGCUGCAGGGCCGUAUUUAGAGCAUCAUUUGUAUGAUCGAUUCUCUGCUGAGCUGUUAAUAGCAGCCAUCAAAAGGUUAACGGCGUGGGGUUUUAUGGCCAAGCAUUAGGGGAAAGCUUUCCUCUAGCAGAAAUGAUCGCUUUCUUUUCUAAGAGCAUUUUAUUUAUGAAAGUGCAGUGAUAGUCUGGCGUGGCCAUGGCCAAUGAAGCUGGUGGUUGGGGCUGGCUGAGGCACACAGCCUCCCUGCUUUGUAGCUCCGAUCUUUAGAGAAUAGAAAACAAUUUGGGUUGGGGGGUGGGGGGGAUGAUAUAAAAAAGGCAAACGUGCUCUAAAUGGAAGCUCUUCUGGAGAAAACUUAAAUAGCUUUAUAAGCUGUUGUAGCUUUUAUAAGCACUUUCAUGUUUCCCAGAAUACUCAGAUGCUUUUGUAAGAGGGAGAAUGUCUUUGGUUUGAUGUGAACUAAAAUUAGCGGUGUGUUUUCUGCUCAAAUAAACGUGCAGAGUCUACAUUGCAAUCCCAGCCCAAUUCCUACGUCUGGCAGCAGCACUCGUCAGUGUGGCCCCAAAUGUUUUAUCAUCGAUAUUGCUGUCCUGUGUGUUUUCUCCCACUCACUGCAGCUCUCAUCGCUGCGGUGCUGCAGUGGCACUGCUGCACAGGGAGUGAUGGGGUCACCGUCCAUGGGGGUGUUCAGAGCCAUGGGGAUGUGGCACUGAGGGAUGUGGGCUGGGCUGGGGUUGGAGCUGGGGAUCUGCGAGGUCUUUUUUUUAUUAUUCUAUGAUUUUUGGAGGAUUUCCUGGAUGAAGAAUGUCUCAAUGUGCAAUCACUGGGUAUUCAAGUAAUCGCUGCUCAGAGAGGAAGCUGUGCGCUCACUCGUGAGUCUCGCUUGUCUGGUUGUAUGGGACCGGUAUUAAAGGUUGGAGCUCAGAGAUAAAUGCUGUGAGUAAGCAACUACACACCUCUGUCUUGAUAAGUUAUUGGAUCGCCCUUAACAAAGUUAUCAGGGCAGAACUGGGGGUGGUCAGGGCGUAGCUCUGCAGCGUCCUGGGUACUGGAGCUCCUACCCUGCUUGCUGGCAGCCUCACUGGGUCAGAUGGGCAAUUCCAAGAGUGACAUGCUUGACAGGUCUGACGCCAGCAUCCUGACGUGCUUGUUUUGUGUGUCACCCAACCAUGUUGUGGCCGAUGGCACUGUCUCCAGCUGUGGGAUUUGCCAGGCUUAAGGAAUCCCAGGCGGUGAGGCAGCGUGGAUGGUGACACAUGGAAUCUGACCUUGGCUGCUUUUAAUGAAUUGAGAAAUGUGAGCACUGAUUGCCUGUGGGGCUGACCUCACCCUUGCCACCCAUCUCUGUGGGGCUGGGGCAGCCCCUGGUGUGUCUGUGUGCUGCCUGGGGCAGAGGCAGCAGCUCCUCUUGCAGACCCUGCAAUACCUUCUUGUCCCUUUCCUCCCAGUGCAGAAGUGUCCUAGAGUGGAGGCUGCCUGCGUGUUAAUGUGAGUGAUAAUACUGGAGAUAUCACAGCGGGGUUCAGCAGGUCCUGCAAACAGUUCUAUGCUUAUUAUGGCCUCGCUGGAUAAUUCCUGUGGGCUGUAAGGCAUCUGAAGAGGCCUCGCUCCGGGCUUUGGAGAGUUUGAUGACUGAGUUCUUCCACAACUGCACAACCAAUGAGCGGAAGCGGGAGAUAGAGGAGCUUUUAAAUAAUUUCGCCCAGCAGAUAGGAGCCUGGAGGUUCUGCCUCUAUUUCCUGUCAAGCACAAGGAAUGACUACGUGAUGAUGUACAGUCUGACUGUGUUUGAGAACCUAAUCAAUAAGAUGUGGCUUGGGGUCCCAUCUCAAGACAAAAUGGAGAUCCGCAGCUGCCUGCCCAAGCUCCUGCUAGCUCAGCACAAAACUCUGCCUUACUUCAUCAGGAACAAACUCUGCAAAGUCAUUGUGGAUAUUGGCCGACAGGACUGGCCGAUGUUCUACCACGACUUUUUCACUAACAUCUUGCAGCUGAUUCAGUCUCCUGUGACCACUCCUCUGGGACUGAUCAUGUUGAAAACAACCUCAGAAGAACUGGCGUGUCCACGCGAGGAUCUGAGUGUAGCCCGUAAGGAAGAGCUACGUAAGCUGCUGCUGGAUCAGGUGCAAACCGUGCUUGGACUCCUCACAGGUAUUUUGGAAAGCAUCUGGGACAAACACAGUGUUACUGCUGCCACUCCGCCACCAUCCCCAACUUCAGGAGAAAGUGGUGACCUGCUGAGCAGCCUGUUGCAGAGUCCCAGCGCAGCCAAAUUAUUGAACCAGCCAAUCCCCAUCCUUGACACAGACAGUGAAUACAUCUGCUCCCUGGCGCUGGAGUGCCUGGCCCACCUCUUCAGCUGGAUCCCUCUGUCCACCAGCAUCACCCCCUCCCUCCUCACCACCAUCUUCCACUUUGCUCGCUUUGGCUGUGACACACGUGUCAGGAAGAUGUCCUCAGUCAAUGGCAGCAGCCAGAACGUGGGGCUGGGAGCAGAGCGGGGCCGGCUGGGCGUCUUGGCCAUGUCCUGCAUCAAUGAACUGAUGUCCAAGAACUGUGUGCCUAUGGAGUUUGAAGAGUAUUUGUUACGGAUGUUCCAGCAGACUUUCUACCUCCUGCAGAAGAUUACUAAGGAGAACAACGCCCACACGGUGAAGAGCCGGCUGGAGGAACUGGAUGAAAGCUACAUCGAGAAGUUUACGGACUUCCUUCGUCUCUUUGUGAGUGUCCACCUACGAAGAAUUGAAUCCUACUCCCAGUUCCCCGUGGUUGAGUUUCUGGCACUGUUGUUCAAAUACACUUUUCAUCAGCCUACCCACGAAGGUUACUUUUCUUGCUUAGACAUCUGGACGCUCUUCUUGGACUACCUGACCAGCAAAAUUAAGAGCCGUCUGGCUGACAAAGAAGCAGUGCUCAACAGGUACGAAGACGCCUUGGUUCUGUUGCUGACGGAGGUGUUGAAUCGAAUCCAGUUCAGGUAUAACCAGGCACAGCUGGAGGAGCUGGAUGACGAGACACUGGAUGAUGAUCAGCAGACUGAGUGGCAGCGGUACUUGCGCCAAAGUUUGGAAGUGGUUGCAAAAGUCAUGGAGCUCUUGCCAACUCAUGCCUUCUCCACGCUAUUUCCAGUUCUGCAGGAUAACCUGGAAGUGUAUCUGGGACUCCAGCAGUUCGUGGUCACGUCAGGGACAGGUCACAGGCUGAACAUCACUGCAGAGAAUGACUGCCGUCGUUUGCACUGCUCCCUGAGGGACCUGAGCUCCUUGCUGCAGGCUGUUGGUCGUUUAGCAGAGUACUUCAUUGGGGAUAUGUUUGCUGCCAGGUUUAAUGAUGCUCUCACGGUGGUAGAGAGGUUGGUAAAAGUAACGCUGUAUGGAUCCCAGAUUAAACUGUACAACAUUGAAACUGCAGUACCAUCUGUAUUGAAACCUGACCUUAUUGAUGUCCACGCGCAGUCCCUGGCUGCACUGCAGGCCUACUCACACUGGCUGGCACAAUUCUACAGUGAAGUGCAUCGGCAGAACCCAGAGCAGUUCAUCUCUCUCGUCUCCACGGCUCUGGAGGCCAUCACACCCCUCAUCAGUUCAAAGGUGCAGGAGAAGCUGCUGCUGUCUGCGUGCCACCUGCUGGUCUCCUUGGCCACUACGGUGCGACCGGUGUUCCUGAUCAGCAUCCCUGCAGUGCAGAAGGUGUUCAACAGAAUCACAGACACUUCUGCCCAGCGGCUUCCUGAUAAGGCCCAGGUGCUGGUGUGCAGAGCACUAUCCAAUGUAUUGUUGCUACCUUGGCCAAAUCUCCCGGAGAGUGAGCAGCAGUGGGCCGUUCGCUCCACCAACCACACCAGCCUCAUCUCUGCCCUCACGAGGGACUAUCGCCAAUUGAAAUCCAAUGCUAUAUUGCCACAGAGGAAAGUGCAGCUGGAGGACACCAAAGUGAUCAUCCAUCAGACACUCAGCGUUUUAGAAGAUAUUGUAGAAAGUAUCUCUGGAGAAUCCACCAAGUCUCGGCAGAUCUGUUAUCAGUCGCUGCAAGAAUCCGUGCAGGUCUCACUAGCCCUCUUCCCAGCUUUCAUUCAUCAGUCAGAUGUGACGGAUGAGAUGCUGAGCUUCUUCCUCACUUUGUUUCAAGGACUGAGGGUGCAGAUGGGAGUGCCUUUCACUGAGCAGAUCAUACAGACUUUCCUAAAUAUGUUCACCAGAGAGCAGCUGGCAGAGAGCAUCCUCCAUGAGGGGAGCACUGGCUGUCGGGUGGUGGAGAAGUUUCUGAAGAUUCUGCAAGUGGUGGUGCAGGAGCCAGGCCAAGUAUUCAAGCCUUUUCUACCCAGUGUCAUCUCACUGUGCAUGGAGCAGGUGUACCCCAUCAUCGCAGAGCGCUCCUCUCCUGAUGUGAAAGCAGAGCUGUUCGAGCUGCUUUUCCGAGUUCUCCAUCACAACUGGAGGUACUUCUUCAAAUCUAGUGUUCUGGCCAGUGUCCAGAGGGGAGUGGCAGAAGAGCAGAUGGAGAACGAAGCGCAGUUCAGUGCCAUCAUGCAGGCGUUUGGCCAGUCCUUCCUGCAGCCUGACAUUCAUCUGUUCAAGCAGAAUCUCUUCUACCUGGAGACACUGAACACCAAGCAGAAGCUGUACCACAAGAAGAUCUUUCGGACAACCAUGCUGUUCCAGUUUGUGAACGUGCUGCUCCAGGUGCUCGUCCACAAAUCCCACGACCUGCUGCAGGAGGAGAUUGGCAUUGCCACCUACAACAUGGCCUCGGUGGACUUUGAUGGCUUCUACUCAGCCUUCCUCCCUGAGUUCCUGGCCAGCUGUGACGGUGUGGACUCAAACCAGAAAAAUGUGCUGGGAAGGAAUUUCAAAAUGGACAGGGACCUGCCAUCGUUUACCCAGAACGUGCACAGACUGGUGAACGACCUGCGUUACUACAGACUUUGCAAUGACAGUUUGCCCCCCGGAACUGUGAAACUAUAGUUACUGCACUGGACUCGUGUUCUGAUCACUGUAGGGAACAGAUCCAUGUCUCGUUUUGCCACCACCUUCUCUCCUGGCUGCUCUGUCAGCACUGCGGGACGAGGCGUCUCGCAGGUGGGCACAUCUGUUUGGAUUCAUGCACCACGCUUCCUUCUCUCCCAUCCCAAAGGCCUCAGCUGGCUCGGUGCUGGCUGCAGGAUGAGUGUCAGCUCCUAACCAACAACUGCGGGGCGCAGCAGCUCGCCGGGCUUCGUUCCACCCACAGAGCGCUCUGUUGCGCCCGGAGAUGCCUAUGGAGUCGUCUUGAGAGACCUCGUGUGCACCAAUCGUGAGGCAGAAGCGCCAAAGACUGCUUCAGCCAUUCGUACCUUCGUGUCAUUCCGCCUUCCUGCCCCUGCCCGGCUCCGGGAGGAGGAGGGGACUGUGAUGUCGGGACUGUUUUGGCACUUCUGUCACUCCCUUUGUUUUUUAAAUUGCCUUGAAAACCUCCCCGCCGCUCAGCGGGGAUUAGAGACUUCUUCGGGUUUUUUUAAACGUUUUCUCAUCAUUCCAUUGUGAUACUAAAACAACAUGCUUCAUGGAAAUAAAGUGCUUACUUUGUUGUUUUAAA